CGACGGAACCUGGGGUGCGCGCUCGGAGUUUCCGGGGAAGAAGACGGAGAAGGACUUGCGCGCGGAGGUUCCUAGCGCCGCGGAGGAGGCAAUGGCUGUGGGAGUCUGGGGCUUGCGGCUCUGGCGGGCCGCCCCCGGCGGCGGGGCCAGCUGGAGAUUUAUAGCGACAUCACCUGCUUCUCAACUGUCACCGACCGAACUGACAGAAAUGCAGAAUGAUCUCUUUAACAAAGAGAAAAACAGGCAGCUAUCAUUAACUCCCCGAACUGAGAAGAUUGAAGUUAAGCACGUUGGGAAAUUUGACCCUGGCACUGUCUUUGUCAUGAAUAAAAACAUCUCAACUCCUUAUAGCUGUGCCAUGCAUUUAAGUGAGUGGUACUGCAGGAAGUCCAUUCUGGCUCUUGUGGACGGACAGCCUUGGGACAUGUAUAAGCCUUUGACCAAGUCAUGUGAAAUUAAAUUUCUUACUUUCAAAGAUGAUGAUCCGGGAGAAGUCAAUAAGGCUUAUUGGCGUUCUUGUGCCAUGAUUAUGGGCUGUGUGAUAGAGAGGGCAUUCAAAGAUGAAUAUGUGGUCAGUUUGGUCAGAGCUCCAGAAGUUCCAGUAAUCACUGGAGCCUUCUGCUAUGAUGUAGUUUUGGAUAAGAGACUUGAUGAGUGGAUGCCAACAAAAGAGAACCUAUGUUCCUUCACCAAAGAUGCUCGUACUUUAAUUUAUAAGGAUCUUCCAUUUGAAACUCUGGAAGUUGAAGCAAAAGUGGCGUUAGAAAUAUUUCAACACAAUAAGUACAAAUUAGAUUUCAUAGAAGAGAAGUCAUCUCAGAACCCUGAGAGAAUAGUCAAGCUACACAGAUUUGGUGACUUCAUUGAUGUGAGUGAGGGCCCUCUUAUUCCAAGAACAAGUAUUUGUUUCCAGUACGAAGUGUCAGCGGUUCAUAAUCUUCAAGCCACCCAGUCGAGUCUUGUACGAAGAUUCCAGGGUCUCUCUUUACCUGUGCACUUAAGAGCACAUUUUACGAUAUGGAAUAAACUAUUGGAAAGGUCUCGGAAAAUGGUGUUUUUGACAACAGGUGAGUACAUUUCUAUGAAGAAAUUUUCCUUGAAAUUAAGCAACCACUACUACCACAACAACAAAAUAAUAAAGAAAAAAGAAAAGAGAAAGAAAGAAAAAAGUAAUUAGUUGUCUAAAUAGCUA